UAUCUUUAAAAGGGCCUAGCAGUCUCAGCACCAGUACUCGCAGAGCCUCUGAGGAUUCUGUGGUUAUACCUGCUCCUCAUCCAGAAGCAUGAGAUUCAUGGCUCUUCUCUUCCUGGCGGCUCUGGCUGGGGCCCUGGUCUGUGCCCAAGAUGCCUCUGUGACCCGUGCUGAACCUGGUGCGGGGAUCACAGCUCCAGUGGAAUCUGCUUCACCCCAAGAGACGGCAGCAGGAGACGGGUUCGCCCCAGGGGAACAACUAAAACCCCUGAAAGACUUAGCAGAGAGAAGACUCUUGAAAGCAAGGCGUACCCUUGAAGAAGCAAGAAAAGGAGCGCGGGAAGGAAUUGAAGGUGGAAAAAAACUCUUCGAAGGUGGAACUGAACUUUUAAGAAAACUGAGGGACAAAUUCAUUCCAAUUAAGCCCUAAGAACCUGAAAAGAAUGGGGUCUCUGGACUUAUCGCCUUAAACUUGCUUGCAGCUCAGAACAAUUAAACUGAAGCAUCCAA